ACGAUCCACCUGCAUGCUACAUUUGAGACUUGUGUUGCAUUAUCUUCGGUUCUCCAUUGCCUGUUAUUUGCAAGAUCGUUGUGGAUAUUGUUGUGCAUAUCUCUACGCAGAGCGUCUCUUGCUCGGCGACAUACCUGGUCGUCCCAGUUUACCCUUCGACCGUUUUACUUUGUUCUUCGCUACGGCUUCCACAGUCCACGUUGGCUCUGGGUCUGGAGCAUUAAGUGCAGUGUUGCAGGUUGCAUUCUUCAGGGUAACCUCAAACUGUAUGGUCGCGGUAUGCACUGGUUGGUGUUCCGACUGUUUUGUACCCAGCAUCCACCUUGCACUCGCCAGUAGCGAUGUCGACCUGCUUCAGAGCGCGCUCGAAGAUCUCAAGCGACGCCAGGGGCUGAUAGAAAGACACUUUAUGGCCGAUUCGUAGAUACUGAGGAAGGGGGAAAUGUCAAACUGCUUGACUUGACUAUGUACAAUGUUGUCAGAGGUAGAGAUGUUGACGAAGCCUGCGGUAUCGUAGCCAGGGGCUGCAAUCUCAUCGGCAAACUACCUGUCCACCAAGCCAAUUGCAAUUGUAGUCAGUAAUGCCGUAGUACAGCAUGACCUGCACACCAGCAGCCAGUAGCUUCUUGCAUGCUUCGAUAGUGCCAAACUCGCGGUUAUCGUCGUCGCCAUUGUUGUCGAACGCUGACGAUACUGUGCU